AUGGGUGUUCACAAGAAGUCGCGCAAGUUCGCACAAGCGAAGAGAGCCAUCUCUCUCCGCGAUAACCGCCUAAAGGAGCCCACGAACAAGGAGGAGAAGAAGCCCAAAUCCGAUGAUUUGGUCCGCGAAGCACCCCAGGCUCCUUCGUCUCUUUUCUUCCAAUAUAACACCGCCCUGACACCCCCAUACUCCGUCCUCGUCGAUACCAACUUUAUCUCCCAUACCAUCCAGCACAAGUUGGAAAUCAUCCCCACUAUGAUGGAUUGUCUCUACGCCAAAUGCACGCCCGUCAUCACGGACUGCGUGAUCGCCGAGUUGGAGAAGCUGGGCCAGAAGUACCGACUGGCACUGCGCGUCGCUAAGGACCCUCGCUUCGAGAGAAUCAAGUGCGAUCACAAAGGUACCUAUGCCGAUGACUGCCUCGUUGAUCGAAUCAUCAAGCACCGAGUCUACAUCGUGGCGACAAACGAUCGUGAUCUCAAGCGACGAAUCCGAAAAAUCCCCGGUGCACCCAUCAUGAGCGUCGCAAGAGGAAAAUACGUUAUCGAGCGUCUCCCCGAUGCCCCCGAAAAGUGA